GGUGAUGCCCAGGUGUCCCCAGGUGUGCCCCUCAAGUGGUACAAGAACGGGCAGCUCCUCAAGCCCAGCAACAAGUACGUGUUUGAGAACGUGGGGCUGAAGCGCAUCCUCACCAUCCAGAAAUGCUCCCUGGCCGACGACGCCGCCUACGAGUGCCGCGUCAACGACGAGAAGAGCUUCACCGAGGUCUUCGUCAAGGCCCCCGUGACCAUCAUGAAGGGCCCCGAGGACCAGCAGGUGGUGGUGGAGCGCGUGGUGCUCGAGGCCGAGGUGUCCGAGGAGGCGCACGUCAUGUGGAUGAAGGACGGGGUGGAGCUGACCCACGACGAGACCUUCAAGUACCGCUUCAAGAAGGACGGGAAGAGGCAUUUCCUGAUCCUCAACGAGGCCACCCUGGACGACACCGGGAGGUACAAGAUCCUCACCAACGGAGGGGAGGCCGAGGCUGAGGUCAUCGUCGAAGAGAAGCAGCUGGAGGUGCUGCAGGGCAUCGCUGACCUGACGGUGCAGGCGGCCGAGCAGGCCGUGUUCAAGUGCGAGGUGUCGGACGAGAAAGUCACCGGCAAGUGGUUCAAGAACGGCGUCGAGGUCCGGCCCAGCAAGCGCAUCCACAUCACCCACACCGGCAGGAUCCACAAGCUGGUGAUCGAUGACGUCAGGCCCGAGGAUGAGGGGGAUUACACCUUCGUGCCCGACGGAUACGCCCUCACCCUCUCGGCCAAGCUCAACUUCCUCGAGAUCAAGGAGUACGUCCCAAAACAAGAGCCCCCCAAGAUCCACCUGGACUGCUCGGGGCGGGACUCGGAGAACACCCUGGUGGUCGUGGCCGGGAACAAACUGAGGCUCGACGUGCCCAUCUCGGGGGAGCCCCUGCCCACCGUCACCUGGACCAAGGAUGGACAGGAGUUCUCGGCGCGGGAGGGGCGGGCGCGCCUGGAGGACAAGCACGAGCUGAGCAGCUUCGUCAUCGAGAGCGCCGAGCGCGGCGACGAGGGCAGGUACCAGAUCCGCGUCACCAACCCCGCCGGCGAGGACACCGCCACCAUCACCAUCCGCGUCGUAGACGUGCCCGACCCCCCCGAGGCCGUUCGGGUCACCUCGGUGGGCGAGGACUGGGCCGUGCUGGCCUGGGAGCCCCCCAAGUACGACGGGGGACAGCCUGUCACAGGUUACCUGGUGGAGAGGAAGAAGAAGGGCUCCAUGAGGUGGAUGAAGCUCAACUUCGAGGUCGUGCCCGGCCCCACCUUCGAGUCCACGCGGAUGAUCGAGGGGGUCCUGUACGAGAUGAGGGUCUUCGCCGUCAACGCCAUCGGGGUCUCUGCCCCCAGCCCCAACUCCCAGCCCUUCAUGCCCAUCGCCCCCACGAGCGAACCCACCCACCUGGCCAUGGAGGACGUGACGGACACGACGGCCACGCUCAAGUGGCGCCCGCCCGAGCGCAUCGGGGCGGGGGGCAUCGACGGCUACCUGGUGGAGUACUGCAAGGAGGGGG